UAAAAUUUUCGACUGAGCGGGGAUUCUAACCUGGAACCCAGAUUUUUUAGUGAAGGGGAAACAAUUUAAAGACCAGCAAUUUGAGAACCAAAAAUUAAAAACCAUCCCCAAAUUAGGUCAAUUGUGCAAAUUGUCCAUAGCCGAUUACCCCCACACAGACUGUUUUCUUGAAGAAUUAUGGAAUGUGAAAUCCAGACCUAAUCACCCGGUCCAAAGUAAAAGGCCCAAAUCCGAGAAAUCCUGUCUAAGGCCAACCUAUUAAUACACCUACCACAGCCUUCGAAAAUUGUGGAUGAUAGCACUACCCAAACCUGUGACCUCAGUCACAAGUCCCACAACCUUAACCACUUGAACUAAGCCUUGGGAGACCCUAGGCACUGUGAAUUCUUAUGGUUCUCUUGGUUGUACACAUGCCCUUAUAAUACUAAAACACAGCACAAGCCAUCUUUUCAUCUCUGCUGGCUGCUAUGAUCCUCGAGGCAGAAUUACUUUUUAUUUAACUCUUCUUCUUUAUUAUCCCUCUUUUUUGGUAUGUCUACAAAAAGCUGUAACUAGUUAUGCUUCUGACUGACGAGGACUACAGAGAAUGAGGACUACGUAGAAUCAUUUGUGCUGCUCUCUUCUCAACGGCGCCACUUCAAUCACAGGAAAAAUUCUCAAUGGCGCCACUUCAAUCACGAACAGAGGAAAGCUAAGAGACAUGAAUUAGUUUGAGAAUACAGGGCAGAAGAUACCCAAUUUGUGGAAUUGGAAGCAACACUGAACACAAAGCAAAAAAAUUGACUUUGCAAUUUCAAAGUGGAGACAAAGUUACGGUUUUUUCUAUAUUCUUGAAGAGAUGGACAAUGAACAUCGUAGAUGGAUGUAUGAUAGGGUGUUACCUAAUCGACGGGGGUUGAGGGAUGAAUUUAAGCAAGGCGUUGAGGGGUUUAUUAAUCAGGCAAAUUUAUUUUGUCAAAAGGAUGGGACAAUUAGGUGUCCUUGUGCAGAUUGCAAUUGUAUAAAGUGGUUAAAACCUGAGGAUGUUAGGGCUGAUCUUUGUAGUAAGGGUUUUAUGGACGACUAUUAUGUUUGGACUAGUCAUGGAGAAAUUGAGGGUAGUGCCAGUAAUAUUUGCAAUCAUAAUUUUGUUGCUGGUGAAAGUAGUGAAGAUCCUAGACUGCAUGAAAUGGUUAUGGAUGCUCUUGGGAUGUACAAUGAGGGUAACAACCAACAACCUGUUGAUCAACCUCCCAAUGAAGAGGCACAACGUUUUUAUGCACAAUUAGAGUCUGCUAGUCGUCCAUUUUGCGAAGGCAUGUCACGCUCUGCAUUGUCUGUUGCCGUUAGAUUGCUAAGUAUUAAAUCGGAUGCAAAUAUUUCUAUAGCGGGAAUGAACGCUAUGAUUGAGCUUAUGAAAGAACUUAAUCCGAACUUAGACAUACCCGAUGAUUACUAUAAAGCAAAAAAAUUGGUUUCCAAAUUAGGUCUCUCGUCUAUGAAAAUUGAUUGUUGUGAAAAAGGUUGCAUGUUGUAUUAUAGGGAUAAUGCAGAUUUAGAGAAUUGCAAAGUUUGUGGAAUAUCUCGUUUUAAACAGCUUGCCAGCGGUAAGAGGGUUGCAGUUAAGGUGAUGCAUUAUUUACCUCUUAUACCAAGGUUAAAGAGGUUGUAUGCAUCACUGAGUUCUGCUCCUCAUAUGAGAUGGCACUAUGAAAAUAGAAGGCCACCCGGGGUAUUGUGUCAUCCAUCAGAUGGAGAAGCAUGGAAGCAUUUCGAUAGAACGUUUCCGGAUUUUGCUAAUGAACCAAGGAAUAUUCGAUUGGGUUUGUGUGCUGAUAGAUUCACACCAUUUUCUGUCUCAGCUGCACCAUAUUCAUGUUAGCCAGUCUUUGUCACACCGUAUAAUCUUCCACCUGAGAUGUGUAUGACAAGUCCAUAUUUGUUCCUAACUUGCAUUGUCCCGGGUCCACGUAAUCCAAAAAGUUUGAUUGAUGUAUAUUUGCAGCCUUUGAUUCACGAGUUACAGACUUUGUGGCACGAAGGUGUUUUAACAUACGACAUAUCAACCAAACAAAACUUCAACAUGCGUGCUGCUCUUAUGUGGACUAUUAAUGAUUUCCCUGCCUAUGGAAUGUUGUCAGGGUGGAUGACUGCUGGCAAAUUAGCUUGUCCUUGUUGUAUGGAAAACACUAAAUCGUUCACUUUAAAACACGGGGGCAAGAAUUCAUGGUUUGAUUGUCACCGUCAGUUCUUACCAAUGGAUCAUGAGUUUAGGAGUAUGAGAAAUGCAUUCAGGAAGAAUAAAACUGAACAUGACUUACCACCGCCAACAUUGUCAGGGGAGCAAAUUUGGGAGAGGGUUAGGGACUUGCCUAAGGUGACAGAAACUCCACCUUUUUAGAUUAAAUGGAUAUGGGGUUGAGCAUAAUUGGACGAAACAGAGCAUAUUCUGGGAGUUACCUUAUUGGAAGCAUAAUCUUCUCCGACAUAAUCUUGAUGUCAUGCAUAUUGAAAAGAAUUAUUUUGAUAAUCUGUUUAAUACAGUGAUGGAUGUUAGGGACAAGAGAAAAGAUAACAUAAAGGCUAGGAAGGACUUAAUGGAAUAUUGUAGGCGACCAGAAUUGCACCUACAACAAUCAAAAAACAAAAAUAAGAUCGCCAAGCCAAAUGCUAGUUAUACAUUCACUUUGGAGGAUAAACGAAAGAUUUGUGAGUGGAUAAAGAGUUUGAGGAUUCCCGAGGGGUAUGCGUCCAACUUGGGUAAGCGUGUAGAUGUGGUAGAAGGAAAGUUGGUGGGUAUGAAAAGUCAUGAUUGCCAUGUUUUCAUGGAAACUUUAGUUCCUAUUGCAUUUCGUGGCUUACCCGAAAGAAUAUGGAAACCAAUUACAGAGAUUAGUUUGUUCUUCAAAGAGUUAUGUUCCAACACAUUGAGGGAAGAUACUCUACUUUUGAUGAAUCAGAACAUUCGUGUAACCUCAUGUAAGCUGGAGAAAUUUCUUCCAUGUGGUUUCUUUGAUGUGAUGGAACAUCUUCCGGUCCACCUUGUACAAGAGGCACUACUCGGAGGCCCAGUUCAAUAUAGAUGGAUGUACCCUUGAGAGAGGAAAAUUGGCAAAUGUAAACGGUUUGUGAAACAGAAGAAUAGGAUCGAGGGAUCUAUAUGUGAGGCCUAUCUCGCUGCGGAAACCUCUCACUUCUGUUCUUAUUAUUUUGAGAAACACAUUCCAUGUUUGAGAAAUAGGCCAACUCGAAACGAUGAAGGUGAGAAUGAUCCUUUGGCCCCACCAAAAUCCAUAUUCAAUCGACCAGGCCGAGGUUCUAAAACUAUUAAAAGAAGACUCCUAACUGAUAUGGAGAAAAAAUCAGCCACAACACAUGUAUUGUUGAAUUGCCCGGAAGUUCAACCAUAUUAUAAUUUGUUCGUGGGUAUGUAUGGCUAUGCUCCUGUUUAUUCCGAGUUUAGCGAGUGGUUCAAAUGUUAUGUCCAUGAUCCAAAUAAUGGCAUAGCUGACCAAUUUCUGAAUGAUAUAGCUUGGGGACCAGACCCUUAUGUCAAAACAAUCAAAAAAUACAAUGUUAAUGGUUACAAAUUUCGUACUGAAGAAAGCUCCAAGCAUUAUAAAAGCAAUAAUAGCGGAGUCUGGGUUAAAGGGGACACUAACAAUCAGGAUGGAGAUAUUGAUUAUUAUGGUGUGCUCCAAGAGAUUUUAGAACUAGAGUAUCCUGGUUGGCCAUACAAAAAGUUGAUACUUUUUCGUUGUAAGUGGUUUGACCCAACACCAAAAACCGGUACAAGGAUCGAUCCACAUUACAAAAUUAUUGAAGUUAAGCAUGCAAGGCAGUAUGGAAGCUAUGAUCCUUUUGUCAUUGCACAAAAUGUCAAGCAAGUGUAUUAUGCUCCUUAUCCAUUGCGUAGGGAUAAAUCGGAUUGGUGGGUUGUUAUUAAAACAAAGCCUGUGGGUCGUGUGGAAGUCGAGAAUGCUUUGAAUGUUGCAUACCAAAAUGACAUAUCGAGUGUUCAAGAAACAGUGGACAGAGAAUUAGAAAAUGAAUUGGAGCAUCCUGACAACAUAUAUGAAGAAAUUGAUCUCGGGGAAGGAACUUCCAUGGCAAAUGAAGAGGAAGAACUAUCUGUUGAUGAUGAGUACUCUUCUUAUGAGGAAGAUCCAGCAAACAGUAGUGACACAAGUGAAGAGGAAGAAUUACCUGUUGAAAAUGAAAUAAGCGAGGAGGAAGAAAUAAGCGAAGAACUAUUUGUUGAUGAUGAGUACUCUUCUUCUUAGUCCCGUGCCCUAAACUCUCAACCCUGAAUGUUCUUUGGACAUUGAUGAAAGCUUGGUUUUCAUUUGCAGAUGGCAUCAAGUGAUAAAAAUGACCGACAUCGGAGUAAUAGUUUGCCUGGGAAAAGUACUAUUAAGAUUAAGCGCGGGAAGAAUACUACCAAGAGUCAAGGAAAAUCAACCGUCUCUACAUCGAGGGCAUCUCAUUCUUCUAUUCCACCAUUGCAUCCUCCUUCACAUGGCCCGUCGUCAAAGAGUAAAGAGAAAUCAACUGUAUCUACAACGAGUCCAUCACUUUCUUCCAUUCCACCAGUGCAUCCUCCUUCACAUGGCCCGCCAUCAAAGAGUAAAGAGAAAUCAACUGUAUCUACACCGAGUCCAUCACUUUCUUCCAUUCCACCAGUGCAUCCUCCUUCACAGGGGACGUCAUCAUUUUCACAUUCUUUUUAUGGUACUCUGCCUCCCCUAGGCUAUAGCUUGAUCCCUCCCCCGGGAUAUAGUCCGAUGCCUCCACAAGGCUAUUCCGGGAUUUCACCUACUGCACCUUUCUACAAUAUGCCUCCCCCAGGCUGUUCCUCGAUGCCUCCCUCUUAUAUAACUCCACCUGGAAUGCAUUGCACUUACCUCGCUGCCAUGGAACGAUGUCCAUCUCCAGAGACUCCUUCGUCAGAGGCCACUCGAUCAGCCAGUCCACGCCUUUCUAGGCUAAAUGUUGGAUCGAGAAAUUCUGAGGCAUCUCCUAGCCGUUCUUCUACUCCGUCUUCAGUUGAUGGUCCAAAUCUUCCAUCACCUGGAAAGGUAGAUCAUCUACGGAGGGUGCGCAUCAUCGCUGAUGGAGAAGGGUUUUAUCCUUCUAGGCCAGCUGCAAAUGCAAUCUCAACAGCAAUACAAAAACUUUAUAGUGGUGCCUUCGCGACGUGGGGUGAAGUGUCGUGUCAUACGCAGCAGGCGAUCCUUAAUGAGUUUAUGAAAAAGUGUACGUGGAACCCUGUCGAGGAUAAUGUUAUUAGAAGUAAUUUUACAAAGAAGGCGAGUUCUCGGUUGUCAAACAUUUUUUCCGAAGCUCGGAAAAAAGGUCAAAAACCUGGCUGGCUUGGGACAGAUUACUGGGAGGAGCUUAAUCAAUACUGGGCUACGCCGGAGUUUCAAAAGAAGAGCGCCCAGACAAAGGCAGCUCGAAAGUCUGAGAAGGGUGGCUCAUUGCACACUUGUGGUUCAGUGUCCAUGGGGACUGCUAGGAGGAAAUUGCAAGUUACUCUUGGUAGACCACCCAAUCGUCAUGAGGUAUGGAAGAAGACACAUACGAAAAUUGAAGACGGAAAAGAAGUUUGGGUCGAGCCACGGGCAGAGGAUACCUAUAAUCGGUAUAAUCAAGCGAUGGAGGAGCUCACUAGGAGUCAGUCGACCGAUGAUCAAGGCAAUACAAUCAUGCCAUCGGAGGAACAAACUAUCUCCUGUUGGUUGGACGUGGUUGGCGGCGUGAAGAAGGGAAGAGCAUACGGCCUUUGCUCCGAGAAGAACUUUCACCGCCUCCACUGUGGAUUGCAAGGUAUAGGAAGUUCUGCCACUGUGUCAAAUGAGAAGCUUGAGGAGAUGCGACACGAACUUCGGGAACUUGCUAGGAAUUAUGAGGAGGAACGUAAGAAAAGGUUGGAGGAGGAGCGACGUAGGAUAAAUCUUGAGUUAGAUGUCAAAGAACUCAAGAAUCAGGUGUGUAACCUCAUCAAGUUGCCUCGCUCUCCGCCCCCGAGCCCCGAUCAUGAUGAUGGUGAGGAUGUAGAGGAUGAGGAGGAUCAGGAGCAUGGAGAGGCUGAAAUGGAGUAUUAGGUGUCCGUUGUUAUUUUUGUUCUAACUUAUGUUAUUUUGGAUUGUUUGAAGUCUAGUGGGAUGGUAUAUGUUUGGAUAACGUUGACGUUGGUUGGAUUCGUAUGUUUUUUGUUGGCUUAAUUUUAAUGUUUGAAUUA